AUGACAGGUCGUGGUAAAGGAGGUAAAGGUCUCGGCAAGGGUGGAGCGAAGAGGCACAGGAAAGUUCUUCGUGACAACAUCCAAGGAAUUACUAAGCCUGCGAUUAGGCGUUUGGCUCGGCGUGGUGGUGUAAAGCGAAUAUCGGGCCUCAUUUACGAGGAGACUCGUGGAGUGUUGAAAGUUUUCUUGGAAAAUGUUAUUCGUGAUGCUGUUACAUACACGGAGCAUGCCAAGAGGAAGACUGUCACUGCCAUGGAUGUAGUUUACGCUUUGAAGAGGCAGGGGCGAACAUUGUAUGGGUUUGGAGGUUAAACGGUGUAGGUGACUGACAAAACGGCCCUUUUCAGG